GGUCACACUGUUUCGAAUUAUUUGCAAUUUUCGUCCGCGUCCAAAUCGCGCCAAACAAUUGGCAUUCCUACACUUCCACGAAAUUCAGACCUUUGAACAACAGUUAGACACCACUUUGAUCCGACCACCACUGAGAUGAGCGAGUUAAAUGCGAGUGUUGCCGGCCCAGAGGGCGAGGAUGGAAAUCCGCACGAGCAAUCGACCAUCACAAUGGUGGAUGUGCUCGAGCAGGAGAAGGAAUUGGAGGACGAGUACGCCGCGGUGCUGGGCGCCUCCGACGAGAAGUCCUGCACCUAUGCAAAGGGACCCAUCGCCCGGCAGGCCCUGUACUCCUGCCUCACUUGCUGCCCGGAGGCACGCACUGACCUUACCAAAGCCGCCGGCUGUUGCUUGGCCUGUUCCUACCGCUGCCACGAGAACCACGAACUGGUGGAGCUUUAUACUAAGCGGAACUUCCGCUGCGACUGUCCCACAAGCAAGCUGGGCAAGUGCUCCCUGAAUCCGCAACUGCAAGGCGCUCAGGAUGCCAAUAAGGGAAAUCUGUACAACCAGAAUUUCCAAGGGCUCUACUGCCGCUGCAAGCGUCCUUAUCCUGAUCCCGAACGCACCGUCGAAGAGGUGAUGCUGCAGUGCGCCAUCUGCGAGGACUGGUACCAUCUGCCGCACAUGAAGGCUCCGGGCGCCAGCGAGAAGUGGCUGGAUGCCUGCAGUGAAAUGAUCUGCGAUGGCUGUAUGGAUGCUGUACCAUUCCUUAAGGACUAUACCGGAUUGGCCUUGCAGCCCGUUGAGGGUGAUGAGGAAAAGAAGCCCAAGGAGGACUUAAAGCCAAAGCAGGAUGAAGGUCAACUAAAGUCGGAGCUAGAUCGUAGCAUCUGCGAUAUAAUGAACGUUUCGGAGAAGAAAGGCGAUGCAGCAGCGGCAGAGGUUGGCGAACCCAGCCAGAAGCGUGCCAAGCUGGAUAAUUGCAGUCGUCCCACGCCUCUCAAGGAGCAUCAGGGAGCCGCUUUCUGGACUAAUGACUGGCGCAAAUCGCUUUGCCAGUGCUCCGAAUGCCUACCGCUCUACAAGGAGCUUGGCGUGGAGUUUCUGCUGGACACCGAGGACUCGGCCAAGACGUACGAGGAGCGCGGCAUGAAGCGUGCGGAAGAAAAUUCCAGCUAUGAGCAGGGCAUCCGGGCUUUGGCCUCCAUUGACCGGACACAGCAAAUCGAUGCGAUUACCGAAUACAAUCGUAUGAAGGACAAGCUAAAGGAGUAUUUGCAGUCCUUCGCCGAAAGCAAGAAGGUGGUGACCGAGGAGGAUAUCAAUCGCUUCUUUGCCGGCAUGCGUAACGAGAAUAAUGAUAAGCUGGGUCAACCAUACUUUUGUCGCUGAAAUCGGUCAUCGGGGGUCGGGUUAGAAGAUUUUCCUCACCUUUUCAAAUUGAGUAAUUCUAUGAAGACAAAUUAUAAGUAUUGAGCCAAAAGAAAUCAUUCUAAACAAAAUUAUAGCAUAGCAUAGGUGAGGAAAGUCAUACAAAUUUAAAGUUUAAAAUUUCAGCAUGUCGAUUAUUUAAAAUCUUUGGUUAUAACCACACAUUCCCUCCUCAUCACAGAGCACACAUAAAUCCAUGUAAAAUCUUAAGUCGUACUUUAUUAUAAAUCAUUAUAAUUACGGAAUUCACUCCAUUUACAUAACAAAGAAAAGUCGUAACAAGGCAUCGGGGCAAUGAGAUUCGCAUGACCCUCUUCUAUACGCUAUCUAGCCAAAAUAUCUAUGUACAAUGUAUGGCAAAAUAGAGUUAUGUAAAGUGUGGUUCUUGGCUGAAGGGAAAUGAAAACCUGUCCUUGAGACCCUUUUUUUUACAUAACUCUAAUUUGGUUAAUCUUGUGGUAUAUUUAUGAAUAUAUAAAUGUAUACGCGUA